AAUAAAAUUGAACAUACAAUUAAUCCAACAAAUGGAAACAAAAUCAAAUUUGUCAGAUGAAAAUUCAAAAUCUCAAGCAGCUUGAACAUCGAUUGUUUCGAUAUAUCGAUUGACCAUAUGUUCACUUUUUGGUUUUUGUUUUGGAAAACAUUUAAAGCGACAAAACCAAUUGCAGGUGAUCAGCUAAUUGUUAUUAUCUUUUUUUUAAUUGUUGUAAAAAUGACCAAGCAAACGAUUAAACUGUGCUCUUUGUUAUUAAAGGAAUACUUUGGUGAGAUAAUCUCAACUGUUGGUAGUUCUGUGAUGAGUCUAAGUAAAGCUCCAUUGAGAUUGAUUUGUCUUGAGUCUGGAGAGAGUGUUAAAAAUGUGAAAAAAUCUCUCGCCGUUCUCAUCCACCAUUGUUUAAUUACUACAUCUAAACAUGCGAGAGGUUUCAUUGAAUAUAAAGCUGAACCGGAGAGAAUUUUAUAUUUACUUAGAUAUCCAAAAUAUAUCUACAUUGCCAAGAGUGUGUUUGGAGAUUUUGGUGAACAAAUAGUUGAAGAGAUACUUGGUGAAGGAAUUAUGACCCCUGAUGGAAUAGUGAGCAAGGUUUAUAAUCGAAUGAAAAAUACUAGUGAAAAUCGUGACACUGACAAUUAUCCAAAUUUAAUCUUUGAAGUUUUGGCUCGAAUGGUUCAAGCUAAAUAUAUUGUACGAGCUUGUGUCAUAUCAAAUGAAACCAAUGAGACUGAUUGGUUUCCAAGUACCAUUGAAACCGAAGAUGAGUUUAGAGCUAUGCAGAAAAGUGCAAUAAGUGGCCUGGUAAAGUCAGAGAAUGAAACAUCAGAACCUGCAACUAAAAGACAAAGGAAAGAGCCUCAGGCUAAAGAAGAUGUUUACUAUAUGGUUAAUCCCGAUCAAUUUCAUCUUUAUUUACGUGAUAUGACAAUUUUAGAAGGAUUAAAGGCUCAUUAUGACGAUGAGAAAGCAGCUCAAUUGGUCCAAGUUAUGCUUCGAUUAAGUCAAUCGUCUCCCUGGACAAAGGAAACAAUUGCAAUCAGUAAAAGCGAUAUUGUCUCUCAUUGUCUUCGAGAAAAUUUAUUCCCAUCUCGAGAUAUUGUUGAUGAAUAUCUUCUCUUCCUUACCGAUGAUGAUACUCGAUUUGUUGUCAAAGUCGAUGAAAGAUCUGGUGUUGCCAUGUAUCGAGUAAACAUCUUACUUAUCCAUGAUAAACUAAUCCAAUCAUCAAUAUCGACAAUUGUUACCGAUAGAUUUGGAUCACAGUGUGGACGAAUAUUUCGAUUACUUUUAUCACGAAAAUAUCUUCAUCAGAAACAAAUCGAAGAACUUGCAAUGAUCCCCGCUAAAGAUGCCAAAGAAUGUACUUAUAAUUUAAUGACCAAUAAUUUUAUUCGAUUACUUCAAUAUCCCAAAGGAUCAGAAUAUCUUCCUGCUCAUACUUUUUUCAUUUUCAACGUUAAUGUUGAAGAAAUUGUUCGAUCCACAAUCGAACGAUGUUAUCAAGCCGUUUACAAUUGUAUCGUUCGACGUAAUCAUGAACUCGAAACCCAUAAAUCACUAAUUGAGCGUAAAGCAAUAAUCGAUGCUGUUAUUACCAAUUUAAGAUUAUCAAGUGAACAAGCUGAUAUUGAACAACAAAUUGAGGAACUCAAUCAAUCCUUUUCCACUCAUGAUAAAGAUUUACUUGAGAAGUUGAAGAAACUUUCUCAUCGUUUGGAAUUAUGUGAAUUACAGGUUGAUGAUUCUCUUUUUCUAUUCCAAUCUUACCUUUCAAUCUCCAUGUUUUCUUGAUUAACAAUCAAUUCUCAUUUUAUUCUGAAAUCAACAAAAAACUUCUCCUCUUAUUCUGUAAAUUAUUAUUAUAUUCUCAUCAUUUUAUUCCAAACAAUUAACGGCAAUAAUUGACAGUCAACUUUAUCUAAUCAAAAAUCCAUCCCAACCAUCAACAAUUGAGAAGAAAAAAAAAUUAAAUUGUUGUGAAGAAGUAAAAAAAAAACUGAAACUCAUCAAUUAACUUUUUAAAUGUUUCAAAAAUUCUUGUGCUGUUAUAAUCAUGCAAUUCUUGAUUUACCUGAUGAAUUAAAUGUUAUUGAUUAGAAAAUAA